AUGAAAGCAAAUAUUCAUAUGGGAAAUGAUUAUGAAGAGCUAGCUCAGCAGUGCAAAACCUUUGCUAAAGAUUUACUUGCACAAGCACGGAACUCACGGGAGCUGGAAGUUAUUCUGAAUCACACGUCUAGUGAUGAACACGUAGACAAGCGAGGAUUGUUGGAAGAGAGGAUGAACUUAAGUCGCUUAAAACUUGCAAUCAAGUAUAAUCAAAAAGAGUUUGUUGCUCAGUCUAACUGCCAGCAGUUUCUAAACACUGUGUGGUUUGGACAGAUGGCAGGCUAUCGACGCAAGCACACGUGCAAGAAAAUUUUGACUGUUUUGACGGUUGGCAUUUUCUGGCCAGUUCUCUCCCUGUGUUACUUGUUAGCCCCUAAAUCUCGAGUAGGUCGAAUAAUUCACACUCCUUUUAUGAAGUUUAUUAUUCAUGGAGCUUCAUAUUUCACAUUUCUGUUGUUGCUUAAUUUGUACUCCCUUGUCUACAAUGAGAAUAAGAAGAAUACAAUGGGACCAGCCCUUGAGAGAAUAGACUAUCUUCUGAUAAUAUGGCUAAUUGGAAUGGUGUGGUCGGAUGUUAAAAGACUCUGGUAUGAUGGUUUAGAAGACUUUUUAGAAGAAUCACGUAAUCAGCUUAGUUUUGUCAUGAAUUCCCUAUAUUUGGCAACUUUUGCUCUCAAAGUAGUUGCCCAUAACAAGUUUCAUGAUUAUGCGGAAAGGAAGGACUGGGAUGCUUUCCAUCCUACCCUAGUGGCAGAAGGUCUUUUUGCUUUUGCUAAUGUUCUUAGUUAUCUGCGUCUCUUCUUCAUGUACACAACCAGCUCUAUUCUGGGACCACUCCAGAUUUCAAUGGGGCAGAUGCUACAAGAUUUUGGAAAAUUUCUGGGCAUGUUUCUUCUUGUCUUGUUCUCCUUCACAAUUGGAUUGACACAACUUUAUGAUAAAGGAUUUACUGUAAAUGAAGAAAAGGACUGUGCGGGUAUUUUCUGUGAACAACAGAGCAAUGACACAUUCCAUUCGUUUAUUGGUACAUGUUUUGCUCUGUUCUGGUAUAUAUUCUCCCUGGCACACGUAGCAAUCUUUGUCACACGGUUUAGCUAUGGUGAAGAAUUACAAUCCUUUGUGGGUGCUGUUAUUGUUGGUACCUAUAAUGUGGUGGUUGUGAUAGUAUUAACUAAACUCCUUGUGGCAAUGCUUCAUAAAAGUUUUCAGCUGAUAGCAAAUCAUGAAGAUAAGGAAUGGAAGUUUGCUCGUGCUAAGCUUUGGCUUAGCUACUUUGAUGACAAAUGCACGCUACCUCCACCUUUCAAUGUUAUUCCCUCUCCUAAGACAAUCUGUUACCUUUUCAACAGUCUCAGUAAAUGGAUCUGCUCUCAUACAUCAAGUGGCAAAGUAAAACGCCAGAACAGCCUAAAGGAAUGGAGAAAUCUGAAGCAAAAGAGAGAUGAGAAUUAUCAAAAGGUGAUGUGUUGCUUAGUCCACCGUUACUUGACUUCCAUGAGACAGAAGAUGCAAAGCACGGAUCAGGCAACUGUGGAAAACCUAAAUGAACUGCGACAGGACUUGUCAAAAUUCCGAAACGAAAUGAGAGACCUGCUUGGCUUUCGAACUUCUAAAUAUGCUAUGUUUUAUCCAAGAAACUAAGGCCUAACUUUUUGUUUAAAAAUGUGUUCUUUUAGAUACCUAGAGGUGAAAGUGACCUAAUUCUGUUGCCAGACCAAAUAGAAAGGGAGGUUAUUGCACAAUAAUACAUUUGAAAUGCAUUUGCAUGAGUUGCAGCUAGAUGUCAAAGUGGUGGAAAUAAAUGGAAAAUCAGACACAGUAAUUUUCUUAACCUCUUCAUCUUAGUGUGUACAUAAAAUUUGUAUAUAGGAAAUUUUUUUAAUACUCCUCAGACCAUGGCUGUCAGAUGUCAGAACUUCAUAACUGGCACAGUGUUUAUUUCUUCUGGUUUUGCUAUUUGUUCGUCUUUGAUACUUGUUUUUCAAAUUGUGGGAGAAGAUAGGCUUUUUAAAACAAAAAUCCAGUCUAGGUUUAUUUUUUAAUAGAAAAGUCAGGUAUUGAAUAAUAGAAAAUUUCCAGCACGGCUGGAAGUUAUGUUUGACU